GGAAUGUUAACGAAUUUUUUAAAAAUUAAUGAGUAUAUUUUAAAUGCCGCGCAACGGUCACACUGUUUACCCAAACAACAAAAACAAUGGACCGGCGAGAGGAUGUUUUGCGACAGGCCCUCGAUAAGAACGCCAGCGAAACGGAUCGCUGGCAGGCAUUCAAAUCCGACAAUGAGUCCACCAUCCGGAACUUGGACAUGUUCGUCCAGAAUCUCAGUGUGGAGGUUAUGGUGCCCAUUGGCCGGAAGGCCCUGAUGCCCGGCGAGCUGAUCCACACCAACGAACUCCUGGUGGGUCACUACGAGGGUUACUUUUCGGCGUGCUCCGCCAACAAGGCCAAAGAGAUAUGUCGCCAUCGCCUGAAAUUGGCCGAGGAGCAGCUGAAAAAGCUGGAAAUCGAGUCCGAGCUCUGGCAAAACAAACUUAAUACCCCUUUGGAGCAGGGAGCGGUUCCCAAUGGGGAUCAAGUAGAAAUCGUGGAAGAUUUCAACGAAGAGUCGCACAACAAGUGGAUGACCGAGCAUAGAGAGCGGGUGCGCCAGCAAAAGCAAAAGGAGCGCCUCACACGCCAGGCAGAACCUCCAGGGAGCGAUGAUGAUGUGAUGAGAAAGCUAGAGGAGCGCGAAAUGAUAGAGGAACUGGGUCUAGAUCCCGAUGAUAUCAACGAUAAGCAGCUGCAAGACCUGUUGAAUGUGGAGCCAGAAAGCAAGUCAUCACAUACCGAACCUCCUGCCAAAACCAUUAGCCAGGAGCAGGAGUCGGAGCUCUGGAAGAAGCUUGAGGCUGAGGAGCAAAACGAAGCCGCAGAUCUCAAUUCAGAAGCAGCAGAAAGCCUGAAAAGCACAGAAAAUCUAGUGCGUCAACUAAUGACUGGCGAAACGAAGACUUCCACCAAAAAACGGGUAGGAGGCAUUAAAAAACCUGUGGAUAUUGAAGAACGCAUAUCAGAUGAUGAGGAUGAUGAUGAGGACCAAGAAGAGGAGGUGCAAACCAUACGAAAGCAGAUGUCUCUGCUUCCCAACGAAGAACGUGAACCCUUCCUCAGAGCUCAACUGCAGGUGCUCAAGGCCAAAAUGCGAAUGAUACAAAAGGUGAACUUUAUAAGCGAUGAGCUGAUUCACUUAAUGAACGUGGUGGUCAUGCUAGAGGACGAUCUGCAGGACAUGAUUUUCGAGCAGGAGAUAGAGACCAGCGAGGAAGGGGAUGGCGAUGAAAAAAACUCACAAGAAGAGAUCAUUGAAGAACCUGAAGUAGUACCUGAAGCCAGCACAAAUAAACGCCGUAUUUCCUUUGCUCUUGCCGAUGAAAAGCUAGAGUUUAGACGUGAGGAAACUGUGGCCGAAAUGCUCCCCAAUGCAAAAAAGAAGAAUUCCAGGGAUAUUAUAAAGCUAGACGAACCUGUCAAACCUCCAAGCCCCCCACAACCAGCAGCCAAUAAAAACGAGCGUAAAACCAACUCCGAUAUCUUACAGAAAGUUGAAAGAAACAUAGAGUUUGUCAAGGAAAAUCAGAGUGUCCAGGACUUUGAUUUGCUCGAUCGAAUUCUGGAGGAGUCCACGGGACGUAUUAACACAUUACACAUUAGUUUCAAACAUUCCGAUGCUGUGCCUUCUCCCAAAAGUGAUCAAGAUAGUGCCAUACCUGGAAACCCAGGCGAUUUCUAUGAGAAAUAUGAGAAGGACGUGGCACAGCUUAACCAAUCGUUUCCUAUAUAUGUAAAUGGCUUUGAAGGCGAGGAGCAUGUUAAAGUGCCCAUUAUGAGCGAAGCUGCGCGUGAAUCAGCCUAUGAAGAUCCUAGAAGCCAGUUCUCCAAGCCAAGUAAUUCAGAGGGAGAAUCUACUGACCCCGAAUCUGGUACCAAGUCGAUACUCCGGAAUAAGGAGGCUGUGGAGAUGGAGCCACACAUCGUCAACCAGCAACCAAAGAAGGGAAAAAAAGGACGGAAGCAGAAGAAAAAAGAGCGCACAUUGGAGGACGACCUGCGCGACAUGAGUGCCUACCAGAAGGUCAUGCAUAAUAUCGUGGAGAAGGAGCCCACGGCACCGGAGCCUCUGCCUCAGGGCAAAUUCAUCGACUCACAUGCGCCCAAAAAGCGGGUUAGCCGCUUCAAGGAGCAGCGCGCACUUAACAAAACGUAGCGAAGAGUAAAACUUCAGCUGGGAAUUACUCGUAUAUUUGUUCAAGUUUAAUGUGGAUUUGUAUUACAAACACAACGCAAACAAUAAACAACUACUGGUGUGGUGUACAUUGGUUUUUAAAUUAAACACUA